GUUUUGCCGUGGGGGAAGUUCGUCGUCGUCUCCAGAAUUGGAUUCAAUUUAAAGGGGGUCUCUUAAUGGCAAAUAGACCUGAUCCAGAUAUUGACGACGAUUUUAGUGAACUUUACAAGGAGUACACCGGCCCUCCUGGAACGGCUACUACUAAUACCCAAGAGAAGACGAAGUCAAACAAGAGGUCUCAUGCAGGGUCAGAUGAGGAGGAGGAGCCUCGCGACCCCAAUGCUGUCCCAACUGAUUUCACUAGCCGAGAAGCAAAGGUUUGGGAGGCUAAGUCAAAGGCCACCGAGAGGAACUGGAAGAAAAGAAAAGAAGAAGAAAUGAUCUGCAAACUUUGUGGUGAAUCCGGGCAUUUCACUCAGGGUUGUCCGUCUACAUUAGGAACCAAUCGCAAGUCCCAAGAUUUCUCUCAAAGAGUACCAGCAAGAGACAAGCAUAUGAGAGCACUUUUCACAGAGAAAGUUAUAAGCAAGAUUGAAAGGGAUAUUGGCUGCAAGAUAAAGAUGGAUGAGAAAUUUAUUAUUGUCAGUGGUAAGGAUGGAUUAAUUUUGGCAAAAGGUGUUGAUGCUGUGCACAAGAUUAGAGAGGAGGGCAGUCAAAGGGGGUCUUCUAGUUCUCACGUGACCAGAUCUAGGUCACCUGAGAGAAGUCCUGCUGGUGGACGGUUUCAACGUUCUGAGCCCCCAAGGUCUCAUUCUGGACCUCGCAAUACUUCUCAUUUUCAACAAAGGUUUGGUAGGCAAGAGAGGGUUGUUGAAGACCGUGUGAGAGAGGACUUUCAAAAAUUUCCAAGAGGUUCUCCACAAGCAAGAGCUUAUGGAAAUAGUGGAGCUAGAGGUCGUCCAAGCCAUUCAAGAUCUCCUAGAGAAGCACCUUAUACAAGCAACCCAUAUAAUUCAUAUGAUGAGCGUAAUCUAAACAUGGGCACAUAUAGAAAUGGUGGGUGGGAUUCGCAAGCUAGAGAAUCUGAUAUCCAAUCCGGUCAUCAGUUUGAUUGCAAUGCCUUCCCACAUACAUUAGAAGAAUUAGAGAUGGAGUAUAAAAGGGAGGCCACAGAGCUUGGGAAAAUCCGUGAUAGAGAGGAAGAUGAAGAAAAUUUUAGGCAUCGUGAGGCUGUUAGAGAUAUGAGGGAGAACUACAUGAACAAAGUAGCUAUGCUGAGGGCCACGCAUGCCAAACAGUGGGAAGAUUUUCUUCAGCUUGAUGCCCAGAGGCGUCAACAGCAGUCUGUCCAGCAAAUGCCUACUUCUGGUUUUGGGGGUUAUAAACAGCAAAACUUUUCCGAAUAUGAAUAUGAUGGAUGCGCGGCCAAUCCUCAUUAUACUGGGGCCAGCUUGCCCUUGGAAUUGAGGAACAGGUUCUCAAACACUAUGGAAAACUAUCCUACAAGGCGUCAUGAGAAUUUUGGGGAAUUUCAGAGGCGUGGAGAUUAUCCAAAAGCUUACAACAGAUAUUAAAAUUCUGUGUGAAUAAAGUGGUGAGUUAUUCUGCUGACUCUUGCAAACCAACUAAAAGGACAUAAUACUCUAGAUUAGAGCUCAUGGUUUCUCCCUGCAAUUGCACAGCUCCUUGUCUCGUGGUUUUGUUAAAUUCCACUUUCCAGAUGUGGAUCCUGGCCUGGGCUGGAUACUUGGAUAUAGUUCCUUGUAACUAUUUGGUAGUACAUUAGUAUGGAGGGCCCACUUUGUGCUAUUUUUAUUGCUGUCACAGAGAGCGGUCUUGUUUUGUUUGUUUAGUAGGUCAUUUGGCUGACCACGCAUGUCAACUUUAGCUUAAAUUUCCCUCGGAAAAUAUUUUCAGGGUCCAGAUUGUUCGAGUAGGCGUGUAAUGCACAGGGCAGCCCAUAAGGUAGGUAUGUUGGUUAUGGUAUUAGGGUUGGGAAGGCAUAUCAUUACCGUUUACGAACCAUUUCGGCCAUGUUAAGAACUUGGUUGUAAGUUACGAUUUUUUGCCUUCUGUUUUCUGGGGCUUAUUGUACUUCGUUGUAUAUGGUUGUUACUUGGCAACCUAAUCAAUAUUGUUUUAUGGGGAAAUCCUUUGAAUUA